CUACGCGCUGUGGCUUUUGGAGCAUAGUUAUGAAAGUGGUCGCGCUGGUUCCUCAAUGUUUUUUACUCACGCAUUCCAAUUUCGACCUAUACUUGAACGAUUCGAUGAUUAUGAUGGACCUCGGCGCCUGUUUAAUUAUAUUUCAACUUUAACUCUCUUACAAGAAGAUUCGGAAAACGUUCUUUCUGAUGAACAUCUCUAUACUAGUAUGCAAGCUAUUCGAAAUACUUGCAUGGCUUUCAGAAGUUAUAUGGCUGCUCAUAUCUUUGUCAAAGUGGAACAUCUGAAACGAACACAUGUAUCUCGACUACAGUGUCUUAAGGAUAUCGUCAUUCCUUCUUGUGUCCAUGGAUUACCGGCUAAUAAGGGGAUGCAUCUCGAUGACGAAAAUUUGAAAACUUGCGUUUGGAUUCUGCUACAUACUCUAGGAUUGCAUUCAUCUUGGCGACCCGUUGAAGAAUUGAAACGUUUAGGAGUUAUUCGCACUAUGUACUACCUAGUUGGAACAGCUAAUUCCUGGAAUGGUGGUUCAAAAAUUGAAAUUCUUAAAAUGUCUCUUGAUGUUUUGUGGAUGUGUUCCGCUGUGCCCCGGAUUCAAAUGGAUAUUUGCGAAAGUACAUUGAAAAUACGGGAGCAGAAUGUUGAAUCUGUCGGGACAAUUCUGGAAUUCUGUGAAGGCGAAAUGAUAGCAGACUCUGAAGUUCAGUUCGCUGCCUUGAGGGUGAUAAUAAAUUGUGUAUGUGCUCCAUUGGAACGACACAGUGGACGACUGGCUAUAUCGCCUUCAACUAGUGACACUUUAGUACACUCCUCUGAUUCUCGAACAAGCUGCCGAAGUGUUGGAACACCUUAUAAAAUACGAAAACAAAGAAAAGCACAGAUGGAAUUUUUUUUAGAAAAAGUGUGGAGCACUGUUCGAAGAAAUAAUGGAAUUAUGAUCUUGAAAAAACUGCUGUAUACAGAAACGCCAAUCACAGAAGCAGAUGCACUUCGCGGAAUCGCAUGUCAAGCUCUUAAUGGCUUAGCACGUUCCGAAAGUGUUCGUCAAAUCCUUGAAGUAAUGCCGCUUAUUUCAAACAGCGAGCUUUGUGGUCUGAUGCGUGAGCCCGUUCUACAAGAGCGACGUGCUGAACACGCCAGGUUCUGUGAGCAAGCUCACUUACUGAUUGAAAAAAUCACCAAAAAGCGAAUCCACGAUUUUCCGAAAGAUCUAACGAAAGAAAAGCUCUGGAAAUGGCAUAUCGUUGCUCAUACCAAAGUUGUUUACAAUGAUAAGGAACUAUUGCAACUGAUACAUCAACAUCUGAUCAAAAAGGGGUUGCUCAAAACAGCGGAUAAUUUAAAAAAUGAAGCCAGUUUACCUGAUAUACCUGCGAGUCGUGUCUCCACUCGUCUACAUUCUAUUGGUGCAUUGCCAAAACGUUUUGAAAAUACAUUUUCUGAUAUCAACAGCGAUAUUGUAUCGGGAAAAACUUUAAUUUUGAGCACCUUCGGUGGUAGCAGUCGACAUCGAAAAAGUGAGCAAUCAACAAUACCCGCCAUUAUGGCAAAACGCACACCAGUUAAUGAACAGCGAGACCAAAUAGCUACCUUAGCCUCAACUCCCAUAUCAAAAUCAGCAAAGGUGUUGAACAUUACUGGGCGUCGUCAUUUUGAUGGGAGUCCGCCAGGAACGUCAUUUGUAAGUAGCUCUUCAAUAGACCUUAAAAAAGUGGAAGUUACCGGCAGCAGUGGAAAUGUCAUGAAUCCUCAAUUGCCAUCAGCGAUGCCAGUUCCUCCGAAAGAUCUUGACGAAAUCGUUACAGAUUUUUUCAGAAAGCAGCAUUCGACGUGUUGUAAUCCAGUAUCUACGUGUCCUCCCUUCUCACUUUACUAUCCACAUCACUGUCCGGAACCACAACGUAAACGUUUUGCUCCAAAAAAUAUUGCCAAUCGAUUUUUAAGACGUCCGUUAAUUUCGGCUGCUUGGAAUCGGGAAAGGUUCAGAGAGGACAUUCACUUUGCUUUCAGUCGCUUUCGUCCAGUACGAUCAUUUACGGAAAGCGAAGAGACAUUUACGUGCUGUAGUUUUUCGAUUGAUGAUGAACACAUACUACUAGGUUCUUAUGCUGGCGCUUUGAAUUGGUUUAAUAUACAUACCGGUGCCGAGGAAUCGAAUACCGAGUGCCAUCAUAGUGCAAUUACUGGUAUCGAACAAUCAAAAGAUGGUUCGCUAUUGCUUACUUCGUCAGCUUUUGUGAAGCCGCUUUCUUCUCUCUGGCGUAUUGGUGAAACCCAAGAACAUAUGAUCAAUUUUCCGGACGAAUAUUUUGUUGAGUUUAAUAAAACAGUUCAAGAUCGUAUCAUCGGAACGCAAGGAAGUAAAGCAACGAUUUAUGAUACGGAAACUGGUCGAGCUGUGAUUCGUCUUUUUGAUGAUACUUUGGCAAAUAAUUACACCCGUAACAAGGCAACGUUUGAUCCGAGAGAUGAAUUAGUAUUGAAUGACGGUAUACUAUGGGAUCCGAGACUGGGAGUAAAAAUGGUGCACAAAUUCGACAAAAUGAAUGCUGUGAAUUGUGGUAUCUUCCAUCCACGUGGAAAUGAAGUCAUCAUAAAUUCUGAAGUGUGGGAUGUGCGUAAUUUCAAAUUGCUGCAUAGUGUCAGUGCGCUCGAUCAAUGUAAAAUUGUAUUUAGCGGUGGCACAGAUGCGCUUUACGGAUCAGCUUAUUUGGAUGUAGAAGAAAUAGAUGAUCGCUUUCGUCAAACAUUUGCUUGUUCAUUUCGAACUUUCGAUUCUACUACCUACAAGGUAAUUACAACAGUGGACGCAAAACGAGCUUUAUUCGAUUUCUGUGCUGAUCAUAAUGAUCAGUAUAUGGCUUUGAUUGAAGCGCAUGGGAAUGCAGAUGAUUUAUUAGAGCUGCGAGAAAAUGUCUGCCGUCUCUACGAGGUUGGGAAACACCGUGAAGCAGACGAGUGUGAUGAUGAACAAGAAGAAACAGGUGACGAUAAUGAAGAUGAUGAUAUGGGUUCAUCAAGUGGAAUGGAUACAUCGCUUGGAGAUACAACUGCUACGGAUUCUUCAUCGGAAGAAAAUUCUGAUGAAGGAAGUGAUGAAUCCUUAUAUGAAUCGACACAUAGUCUUAAUGGCAGUUUGAAUGAUGAAGAUGAACAGUGGGCAGAUGAUGACGACCAUGUUUCGGAAAAUGGCGAAAAUUCAGAACGAAGUAAUGGCGUCCUUUUGCGAAUUGGUGAUCGUGAGGCUCUAAACAUUGUUUUUGAUCCGGGCACGAACCGACGUGAUAUUCGCUUACUGCAAGCGCUGGCAGUGGAUUCAGAUAGCGAUACAGAAGUGGAUGUUAGUUACAAUCCUGAUGAAGAUUCAGCAAAUUCUGAUAUGCAUCCGGGUUCGAGUUCAAUAGUUCUGAAUCCAAUACUUCGAAGGCAGCGAAGAGCGGAACGAGAAUAA